CUCGGAAAAAACAUAAUAACAAUAAAAAUAAACAAAUAAAUAAAUCUGAUCAGGCAUGUGCUAGACUUUUGACUUACUUAUUCUGUCCUCCACAGCUCUUGAUCCCGUUUAUAUUAUUUUCUACAACCUUUUUUCUCUGGGCACUGCAUUUUGGGUAAUUUAUUUGUAUCCAACCUUCAAUUCACUAAAUUAUAUGUUUACCUCUCUCUUUUGUUAUUUAACCUUGUCUACUGAGUUAUUAUUGUUGGUAGUCUCUCACUUCUUCUAUUUCCUAGUCAUAUUUUCUUUUUUUUUUUCAAUUUUUUUUUAUUUCAGCGUAUUAUGGGGGUACACGUGUUAAUAAGGUUACUUACAUUGCCCAUGCCUAGUCAUAUUUUCAAUGCUUUGCUUUAUUUCUAGAAAUGAACUGAACAAACUUUAUUUUAUCUUUUGAAUCUCCUAAAAAAAAAGAAAAAGAAAAACAGGCACUGUUAUUUUUAACCUGCAAAAAAAAAAAAAAAACUAAAACCAAAACCCAAAUAGAUCAAAUGCCUAAGGGAUGCACGCAAGGCUAUCCUAGCAUGUGAAAAUAAUACCAUCGAGGUCCCCUAAAAGAGAGACGAGGCCAGCUCCCCACUUAGGGAAGUUUUGGGAAUGAGAUGGAAAGGAAUGACAGGUGGCCUUCGGAAGCUUGCAUUUCAGGAGCUGUCUGGCCGUGGCCCUGGGGGUGCUGCUGGCUUUGACGCCUGCCGCUCGGGGCGACAUGCCCGGCUCCCGGCCGAACAUGCUUCUGCUGAUGGCGGACGACCUCGGCAUUGGAGACGUCGGCUGCUACGGCAACAGCACCAUAAGGACUCCAAACAUCGACCGCCUUGCAGAAGAGGGAGUGAUGCUGACUCAGCACAUCGCCGCGGCAUCCGUGUGCACGCCCAGCAGGGCCGCUUUCCUCACCGGCAGGUACCCUGUUCGAUCAGGUAUGGUCUCCAGCGAUGGAUACCGCGUUCUGCAGUGGGCUGCAGUAUCAGGGGGCCUUCCAACAAACGAGACGACUUUUGCAAAAAUAUUGCAAGACAAAGGCUACGCCACUGGACUAAUAGGAAAAUGGCAUCUGGGUCUCAACUGCAACUCGUCCUCCGACCACUGCCACCACCCGCUGCGGCACGGGUUCGAGCACUUCUACGGCAUGCCCUUCUCCAUGAUGGGCGACUGCGCCCGCUGGGAGCUGUCCGAGCUGUCCGAGAAGCGCGCGGGGCUGGAGCGCAGGCUCCACCUCUGCCUGCGCGCAGUGGUGGCCUUGGCCGCCCUCGCGCUGGCCGCGGGGAAGCUCGCAGGCCUGCAGCCGCCGCUCCCGUGGACGCCGGUCGUCAUCGGGUCGGCGGUGGUGGCCGUCCUCCUUCUCGCCGCCGCGCGCUCCCUGGGCACCCUGAUUGUGCACGCGGACUGCUUUCUGAUGCGGGACCACGCCGUCACCGAGCAGCCCAUGCGCCUGCAGAGGACCACGCCCCUUCUCCUGGAGGACGCCGCGGCCUUCCUCAAAAGAAAUAAGCAAAGACCUUUCCUUCUCCUUGUGUCAUUUCUACACGUGCACACUCCGCUCGUCACAACCGAGAACUUCCUUGGAAAAAGUCUCCAUGGGCUAUAUGGUGACAACGUAGAAGAGAUGGACUGGAUGGUGGGGCAGAUCCUUGGCAUGUUGGACCGGGAGGGCGUGACCAACAACACCCUCGUUUAUUUCACGUCGGACAACGGGGGCUCCUUAGAGUCCCAGCAUGGGAACCGCCAGUACGGAGGCUGGAACGGCGUAUACAGAGGUGGCAAAGGCAUGGGGGGCUGGGAAGGCGGGAUCCGCGUGCCAGGGAUCUUCCGCUGGCCCGGGGUGCUGCCGGCCGGCCGGGUUGUCACCGAGCCCACCAGUCUGAUGGACGUGUUCCCCACCGUGGUGCAGCUGGGGGGCGGCCAGGUGCCCCAGGACAGAGUGAUUGACGGCCGGGACCUGCUGCCUUUGCUGCUGGGGACAGCCCAGCACUCGGACCACGAGUUCCUGCUGCACUACUGCGAGGUGUUUCUGCACGCCGCCCGCUGGCACCAACGGGACAGAGGAAGAGUCUGGAAAGUGCACUACGUGACUCCCCAGUUCCAGCGGGCGGGAGCGGGCGCCUGCUACGGGAGAGGGGUCUGCCCGUGCUUCGGGGAGAAGGUGACCCCCCACCACCCGCCUCUGCUCUUCGAUCUCUCGAGAGACCCUUCGGAGAGCCACGUUCUCACGCCGGCCACGGAGCCCUUGUUCCACGAGGUGGUGGGGAGGGUCCAGCGGGCGGUGGAGGGGCACCAGCGGGCGCUGCGCCCGGCCCCCCUGCAGCUGGACGGGCUGCACAACAUCUGGAAGCCCUGGCUGCAGCCCUGCUGUGGGCCCUUCCCGCUCUGCUGGUGCCGCCCGCAAGGAAGCUGAUUGACAGACAGCGGCUGCUAGGAGCACAAGCUGGAGCCCCGGGCUCUGCUCUUUUUUUUUUUUUUGCUCAAGUGGAAACAAACGCUCCUCCGUGAA